AUGCAGUUCUCUAAAUCACUCGUCCUUGCUGUUCUGGCCAUGGCCUAUGCCAGCCCUAUGGUUGCUCGCUCCGAGAUCUCUCCCCAGGUUUCCAAAAACUGUGCUGAGGUUGACCAGGCCGUCAUUCAGCUUGUCAUGAACAUGUCCAAACUGACCAGCAAGUACGUUUCCAACUUCGUCUCCAGUCUCACUCACUCUGUUGAAUCCACUGUCGCCAGUAUUGAGAACAUGGUUGUUGACAACAACAGCCAGGGCAUCGUCAAGGCCUCGUUGACUCCCUUUAUCAACAGUGUCGCCCGUGGCUCUGCUUUCUUGGUUGAGAGCUUGGCCCAAAGCCCUGGCCACCUCAUUACUCACGAUACAGUGAACGAGCUUGUCCACAGCCUCGAGAAGGUCUCCUCCGUUGCUUCCGCUCACAACGUUCCCACGAACCAGUUGACCUCGGCUAUUUCCAAGCUCAACAACGUGAACGGACACUUAGCGGCCCGCUCUGAAAUCUCUCCUCAGAUCUCCAAGAACUGUGCUGAGGUCGACCAGGCUGUUAUCCAGCUCGUCAUGAACUUGACCCACCUGACCAGCAAGUACGUUGCCAACUUCGUGUCCAGUCUUACUCACUCUAUUGAGUCAACUAUCUCGAAUGUUGCCAGCCUGUCCACCGAUGGUCGCACCAAUGGUCUUGUCAAGGCAUCUCUGGCUCCUUUUGUCACCAGCGUCGCCCGUGGCUCUGCAUUCUUCGUCGAGAGCUUGGCCCAGAGCCCUGAUCACCUUGUCUCUCACGACACCGUGAACCAGCUCGUUCAAAGCCUCGAGAAAGUUUCCACGGUUGCUGCUGCUAACGAUGUCUCCACUGUCGAGCUCAAGUCUGCAAUUUCUAAGCUCAACGGUGUCAGCUCUCACUUGGAGUCCCGUGCUGCUUUCAACCCCAUCUACGAUGCUAUCAAGGGCGGUGCGCAGAACGCUGAGCAGACCAUCCAGGCUCUUGUCCACCAGCUCAAGAGCAACGAUGGCCACCCCACCGCUGACAUGUUGUCUGCUGGCAUUACCGGUCUGGACUCUCAGAUUGACAACCUUGUCAACAUGGUUUCCACUGCCCUUGGUCCUCUUACCUUCGGUCUCUCUGACAUGGUUGGCGAUGCUCUUUUGGGCCCUGUUUUCCAGUCUAUCACCAACGGUGCGGAGGUUCUCAUUGCCAACAUUGCCGGUGGUGCUGUUGACUUGGUUACCCAGCCUGCUAUUCAGCUGUUCACCCACACCUUGAACCGUGCUAUUGCUCUUGGUACCAAGAACCACGUCAAGGCUACCAGCAAGCUGCAGAGCGCUGUCGCCCGUCUUGAUGCCCUCACCAAGGCCAACGCUAAGGCUUCCACCAAGGCCAACAAGGCCUAA